GUGCCCCAUCAUUGGUCAGUGGGAGGAAUAGUGCCCCAUCAUUGGUGUCAGUGGGAAGAAUCGUGCCCCAUCAUUGGUGUCAGUGGGAGGAAUAGUGCUCCAUCAUUAGUGUCAGUGGGAGGAAUAGCACCCCAUCAUUGGUGUCAGCGGGAGGAAUAGCAGCCCAUCAUUGGUAUCAGUGGCAGGAAUUGUGCCCCAUCAUUGGUGUCAGUGGGAGGAAUAGUGCCCCAUCAUUGGUAUCAGUGGAAGGAAUAUGCCCCAUCAUUGGUAUCAGUGGGGAGAAAAGUGCCCCAUCAUUGGUGUCAGUGGGGGAGGAAUAGUGCCCCAUCGUUGGUGUCAGUGGGGAGGAGGAAUAGUGCCCCAUCGUUGGUGUCAGUGGGGGAGGAACAGUGCCUCAUCGUUGGUGUCAGUGUGGAGGAGGAAU